AUGCCUCUGAUCGAACCUCCGGACACUAGUACUAUCGGACCCCCUCCUACUAUCGAAAGCUCGACUGGUGCUCCACCUCUAUCGCAGAGCAUCUUCCCACCGGGAUCCCUCCACCCUACCUUCUCUGGACUGACGUUGACCGUCCAUCAGGAUCCGACGAAUUUCACUGAGGAAGAUCUGGAGGGACGGCCAUUGCUGGAAGUCCGGUUCCCUGAUCCUGCGAGAGGCGACUUGGAAAGUGCAAUCGAGACCGUCUCCCAUCUGUCCUUGGGCGAGCAGGCAGAAGUGCUUGGGGUAAUCAGGCGACAAUGCAGCGGAGAGCAUCGAAGGCGGAUUUUGAACGCACGCAAAAAGAUCCUACUCGAUCUACACGCACGUAUCGUAGAUAUCUGCCGAGACGCAACGGUAGAGGACUACAACAACGCUGUGGAAGAGGGCUAUGAUAAUCCAGCAGACGCCGUGCUCGACCAGGUCACAGUCCACGUUUGGAGAGCCGUGGGAGAGACUGAAUUCGAGAUUCACUCCGAUGACGUUAAACGAUUGAUUUACGCCAUCUACCAGGUUAUGCCUGUCCAAAUGCAUGACCUGAAGCUAAAAGAUUUGUUGCUGACGGCCAGGGUCGACUCCGCGCCGUACCGCGGCUAA